GGCGGUGGGCGGGCGCCAGAGGAGCGCUCAGCUCGCUGCAGACAUGAGUAGUGUGGCCAGGCUGGACCUGGAGACGCCCGAGGAGCGGCACUUCCUCAGCGCCUCGGAGGCAGCCGCCCUGGAGCGGGAGCUGCUGGAGGACUAUCGCUUCGGGCGGCAGCAGCUGGUGGAGCUGUGUGGACAGGCCAGUGCCAUGGCCGUGACCAAGGCCUUCCCCCUGCCGUCUCUGUCCCGGAAGCAGAAGACGGUGUUGGUCGUGUGCGGCCCUGAGCAGAACGGGGCAGUGGGGCUGGUGUGCGCCCGGCACCUGCGGGUCUUCGAGUACGAGCCCACCAUCUUCUACCCCACGCGCCCGCGGGGACCGCUGCACCAGGACCUGACCACGCAGUGUGAGAAGAUGGACAUCCCGUUCCUGUCCUACCUGCCUGCCGAGGUGCAGCUCAUAAACGACGCCUACACGCUGGUGGUGGACGCCGUGCUGGGCCCCGGCGAGGGCCCGGCCGAGGCCGCGGGACCCUGCGCCCGCGCGCUGGACACGCUGAAGCUGCUUUCCAUCCCACUCGUGAGCCUGGACGUCCCCUCAGGCUGGGACACAGAGACCGGUGGCGGCGGGGAUGGCGAGCUGCGGCCCGACGUGCUGGUAUCGCUGGUGGCGCCCAAGCGCUGCGCCGGGCGAUUCUCAGGGCGCCACCACUUCGUGGCCGGCCGGUUCCUGCCGGAGGAAGUGCGCCGCAAGUUUGCCCUGCACCUGCCGGGCUACGCGGGCACCGACUGCGUGGCGGCGCUGUGAGGCGGCGACCGCCCGCACCAAUAAACUCCGUCCCUACAACCUGCCUCUGCCUCCUCCUUGCUCUGCGGGCUCGCUGCGGGGUGGGCGACCUGGGGGCUCCCCGCACUGCCGAGGGCCUGACACGCGGGAUCGCAGCGAGACCACUACAGGGCUUCCGCCGCUCC